GUUUAUCACUAUAUUUAAUUUAUAAAAUUCUAUACCUUUAAAACAAUUAUAUUGUACUAUCAAUAAUAAAUUCGAAUGUACUAACUAUUAUUGUUUUUUUCUUUAAUCUGCAAUAAAUUACAUGUUCAAUUUGUUUAAACAUUUGGUAAAUAAUUCAGGAUCAUUAUUAUCAUUUCUAAUAAAUUAUUAUUAAUAUUUACAAAUUAUUAUUACUAUAUCUAUUCGUCAAGAUCAUAAUCUAUUGAAUUGAAGUUUUUAAAAAAAAUGAUCUUAUUAAAAAUAAUUACAAAAAAAUUAUGCUAUUCUUUACAUACUCUUAUAAUAUAUAUUACUUUUGGUUUCGAAUGGAUUUUUUGCGAAGUUAUCAAUAGUACCGUUACUGAUAGAAAUUCAAAUGAUCAUUUAAUCAUGUGGAUUUCAACCGGGCUUAGUAUAUCAGUUGGCGUUCUUAUCAUAAUUGUAUGCUGUCUGCUUGUAUUAGUAUAUAACCUUAGGUCAAUAAAAUGUGAUUCAGAACCGGCUAUAUUCAAAGAAACAAUUACUAACGGAAACAACUGUUUACCUGGUGAUCGUGUUCUAGCCACAUCUGCCCAACGCUAUCAUUUUAGCCAUCAGAAGCAACAAAUGCUAGCUGAAAAUAACUUUCCGGUUGUUCCUGAAAGAGGCAAUAGCCCACCCAAAGUGCUAUACUCCGAUCUAAAACUUGCUGAGAAAUUAGAAAUUGAGAACCCAGGUUUCAAAGGACCUGCGGAAAACAAUGAUAAUCACUCCACAACAUCAACAAAAAAUCAAUCUGCGACACAGUAACAAUUUAUUACAACAUAUUGAUCCGCAAGUCUAGAUGCCAGAAGGCUUUUUGGCCACCUUUAGUACAUUUAAAGAAACUUCUCCCGGUUUGUGUAUUGAUAAUUAUAUUUCUUAUCCUGUACUUGUUAUUGGGUAUAUGCCGGAACAAGAAAAAAAACACUUGUAUGAAUAACUAUUGUCCCAAUUUACUUUUGUUGUCUCAUUAAUUAUUUUAUUUGUUGCAUGUAUUCUAAUAACAUGAAUAGCUAUAAUAUAAGAUCACUUAGAUUAUUCCUGGAUAUUUUUCAGUUGACUGCUGAAAUGCCUUGAUACUGUGUCUUUGCGAUAACAAACACAUUAAAGUGCUGUUUGUUUCCUCGAACUGCAUAACUCUAAAGAAAAGUGCUUCACCAUUUGUGUGUCAAGUCUAAUAAAUCAGUUUUUAAAGUUACGACAAAUGAUGUUAAAAUAAAAAUAAAAAACUGAAAAA